AUGUUUGGGGGACAAUCCCGUUUACAAGAAACUGAGAAUUCCUUUUCUUCAAAAUGUUUUCUUGGACAAUCCCGUUUGCAAGAAAUUGAGAAUUUGGUUCAGGAACUUGCAUUGACUGUGAGAAACUCAAACACUUUUAGCAGUUUGGUUCUCAUGUUGGAUCUGGAUGGUUUGGAGAUAUGGAUCUGGAUAGACCUAAACUGCACCAUCCUUUUGGAAAGCUUUUACUUCCUUGGUGUCAUUCCAAGAUCUAUGAAACAAUUUUUUGAUAUAUUUAAAGUUGGAGUGCUAAAUACAAAGUGA